AUUUACUUUGAUCCCGUUUCAGAUGAAUGGUUAAUAGGAUUCUGUGUGUUAUAUUGUGGUCGAUUCUCUUGAACGGUUGAGAAAAUGGAGGGAUUGGAAAUGGAAACCGUGCUACCGAUUGUGAUCGCGGUGGUGCUCGGUUUGCUGACGUUGAUCAUCCUAAAGAAAUUGAUCUUCGGUGGCAGCAAGGGAAACCAAGUGUUGCUCACUGGUCUUUCGGGAUCCGGAAAGACUUUAUUCUGGUCUAAACUGGUGCACGACGAAUCUCCUGUCACUGUCACGUCGCAAAAGGAAAAUCGAGGAUCUUACACCAACUCGAGAAAUAAAGUUUUAGACAUCGUGGACAUUCCUGGGUUUGACAAGGUUCGGUACACGGUUUUGAAUAAGUAUCGCACCGGAUGCAAAGCCAUUAUUUUUGUCAUCGACGCCGUUUCAUUGCAGAAGGAUAUUCGGGAUGCUGCUGAGUACUUGUACAACAUUCUGGCGGAUGAUGAGCUCCAGAGAUCACGCCCGAAAUUGCAAAUCUUCUGCAACAAACAGGACAUUGGCGGGGCGAAAUCCCCACGAGCCGUUCAAACCUUGUUGGAGAAAGAAAUCACCAUUUUGAGGGAAACCCGGGCCUCGAGACUCAUUGGCACUUCCGAUUCCGGAGACUCUUCAAACAACAACUCGUUUCUCGGAAUCGUCGGAAAGGAUUUCGAAUUUUCUGAUCUGGGGAAGAAACAGGGAAUUGACUUUGUCGAAGGUUCUGCGGUUGACGAAGGUGGUUUGAAUUCUGCCAAAGCAUUUAUUGAUUCGUUAUGACCUGUGUGUUUUGCGCGAUAUGGAAGAAUUUGAGAGAGAAAAAAAGGCUUUUGAACUCGGAAAAAAAA